UAGCAUGCAAUAAACAUAUAACUCAAAGCAUAAGAAACAUCAAGCAUGGAGUACUACACAUUUACCGAAAACGACGAAGAACGUGUAUCGCGAAAUCAUCACGUGAAGAACACGUGGGUGAAAGAACGUUACGAGAGUGAUGAAGAAGAUGGAGAGGUGAACAAACUUAUCCUAAAGGAAGAUGAAGAAACUAAAGAUAUGGUGACAUCACCGAGUGGUGAGAGGAUGAUGUCGACAAGUAAGGUGAGGUAUCUCAACUAUGGAGCUCUCAAACAUGACACGGCGGCUCCGGCAGCUUCCGGUAGUGGAGGAAGAGCUUUGCCUCUUCCAUCGAACAGGUACCACCGUGGUCACCCCAAGUACUACAGAUGCAGAGGUUGAAGUGAAAACUCUCCGCUGAUAAAAUAAUUUCGAACUAAUUAAUAAUAACCCUAUAUUGUAUAAAUAAGUUUGGUGAGUAUGUAUACUCCAUGCAACGUGUGUUAUCUAUGUGCUUGUAAUUCCCCUUUUUAUAUCUAAGACUAAGAGAAAGAACAAAUUAUGGAACUGAUCCAUGAUCAUCGAGU